UUAUAAAUACGGUUUCCAAAAACUGUCAACAGAAGCGGGCUGUGGUUUUUUCGGGCCGGGCUGAGCCCUAUGCAUAGUAAUAAUUGUCUUCAGAAAUAGCGCAGUUACGUUAUCAAAGCGCCAUUGGAGAUUUCGCCAAGAAGAAAGGAAGAUGUGGAGAAAUCCAGCUGCCAAUUUGCUGAGGCGUGCGCUGAGAUCCCCGGUUUCGUCUCACGCCGCUCGAUUAUCAACACCGGCGCCGUCAAUCCGCCGCUACAGCGCCGGCGAGGGAGAGGGGGAUGGGAAUGGGAAUGGGAAUGCGAUGACGUAUGUAGAGGCGAAGAGAUUGAUGAGGCUGGUGAAUGUGGGGGCGCUGAAGGAGAAGCUAGGGAUGGAGGACAAGGAGGUGAUUCCCUACGCGGAGCUUCUCCAAGCGUGCGAGAGCAUCGGCGUCGCGAAGUCGGCGGCGGAGGCUGCGGAGUUUGCUCGAGUGCUGGAUGAGGCCGGGGUUGUAUUGCUGUUCCGCGACAGAGUGUAUCUCCAUCCCGAUAAGGUUGUAGAUUUGGUUAGGAAGGCAGUGCCCCUUUCCCUUAUGCCUGAAGACGACGCUUCCAAAGUCGAGCUCCAGGAGCUGCAGGAGAAGAAGGAGCAAAUUGAUAUGCUGGCACACAAGCAAGUCCGUCGUAUAUUGUGGACUGGAUUGGGGCUUGCUGUGUGCCAGGUCGGACUCUUCUUUCGUCUCACAUUCUGGGAAUUUUCUUGGGACGUAAUGGAGCCAAUUGCCUUCUUUACAACCACAACGGGGAUAGUCAUAGGCUACGCCUAUUUCCUGAUCACUUCAAGAGAUCCGUCAUACCAAGAUCUGCUGAAGAGGCUCUUCCUCUCGAGGCAGAGGAAGCUCAUCAAGAGGCACAAUUUUGAUAUCCAGAGGCUGUUGGAGUUGCAGAAGAAAUGCAGGGUGCCUCAUGAUACAUGUUCAUCCAUCAAGAAACGGACUGGGGUCGAAUUGGAACCGGAGGACCUUCUUCACAAUCGUUGAUACCUUGUUAUCUAGUAGAGUACUUGCUUUCACUUUUUAUCUCUCAAGGAAAAAAAAAGUCUCACAAUUAACCAAAAGCUCCAUAAAUUGCCAUGAUUUUUCUUGUGCUGCCUCAGCCAAUAUUUGGACUUGAGGUUGGAAUUUUCAAUACUACUUCUUAACUGUAGACCACAGAGGACUUGAAAAGUAACUCUGCCUCACCCUAGUAAUAUGUAUCAGCUUCUGACUGUCUUGAGGUGACAUAUAUAGUUUUGUGAUGCAUACAAAAUUGACCUUAAUGAUAUUGCAAUUUGUGCUUUACAUUCA